CACUGCCAGUCCACCUCAUUGAAAUCUGCUUGCUUCUCCCUUCCUGAGCACCGAAGUCACUCCACACUCCAGAGCUGCAGCACACGACCCCCCACCCAGUCUCCGAGUUCAUCUCCCGUCACCACGAUUCCAGCCAUGGCGUGCAGAGCCCUCGUCCUCGCGUGCAUCGUCCUCCUCGCAGCCACGCCCGCCUUGGCGCAGCGUGGUCCGCCUGGCGGAGGUCGACCCGGCGGUCAGGGACCAGGGGGGGCGCGCGGAGGCCCUGGCGGCCCCGGCGGGCCUGGCGGUGAGGGGCCGCGCGGCCCUCCGCUGAACCUGACGGCCGUCGGCAAUCUGACGGCCGAUGUUGGCGCGCGACUGGCCAACUGCUCCGCGGACCAGACGGUCCUUGACGGCCGCUUCCACCUCGCCAUCUUCAAAAACUCCUCCGGCAGUUACAACCUUCUGGUCGACGCGCUCCUCGUCGACGCCGCCGGCAGUCCGCCCGACUCGCUCGCCAUCGUGCAGGGCGCCGUCUGCGACUCCGCGGCCACCGCCACGCUCGCGCUGCCCGUGGCGGCGUCCGACUGGCAGCAGCGCGCGGGCUGGUGGCUGCUGCACGCGGAGGCGCGGCUCGACGCGUUCCUCGAGAAUGCCGACGCCGCCACCGUCGACGCGCUCCUCGCCAUCCUCCCUAACGCCUCGCUUCCCAGCAAGAGCGGCAAGGGCAGCGGCGCAGCGGGCUCUGGGGGCGCGCGGAACGGGCAGGGGGGGAGGCGCAUGGGGCUGAGCAUGGGGCGGGAGCUGCUGAUGCGCGCAUUUGGCAAGCAGGGGGGAAAGAAGCAGGGGGGGCAGCAGCAAGGGGGAGCGCAGCAGCCGCCUGCAGGUGGCUUUUCAGGUGGAUUUCCAGGUGGUGCUGGCGGAGUGAACAGCACAGUGAGCGGGUAUGCUGUGCUGGCUGGCAGCAGCGCUGCAGGUGUGGCGUGGGGCGGGCAGCUCAUGGGGGCCAAGAUGCCCGCAGCUGCUGCAGCUUGAUGCAGCCAUGGCGAUUCUCUCAGACCUGUUGUUGGUGGGCGUGAACCCAGGCACGCUGGCGAUGCUGCUCCAUGCAGUGUGGUGCUCCGUGGGAAAGGGGUAUGAGAGGCCUUGGUGACCUGGCUUCGUUUCGUGCUCAUGUGGGCUGUCUAAGGUACAGCAUCAGGGGUAGGAAUGCUGGCAAGUCAUAGUACUCGACUCGCCUGACUUGCCAGUCUUCCUACCUUUGACUGUUUGUGGGUGUUGGGCUGAGACAAGCCCUUAGGAUCUUUUGCAGAGACUAAGUCCAGCUGUAGAGACUUUCAGACUUUGAGUAGUGCAGCGGAAGUUUGAGACAGUUGAACCCUUGUACUAGUAUGUGAGAACAAGUGAUUGAUUAAAGAAACAAGCAUACAGCAAUAUAUAGAAGGUAAGAAGGCAGUUGUAGACUCUUAUACCAUGUUGGGCUGAGACAAGCCCUUAGGAUCUUUUGCAGAGACUAAGUCCAGCUGUAGAGACUUUCAGACUUUGAGUAGUGCAGCGGAAGUUUGAGACAGUUGAACCCUUGUACUAGUAUGUGAGAACAAGUGAUUGAUUAAAGAAACAAGCAUACAGCAAUAUAUAGAAGGUAAGAAGGCAGUUGUAGAGUACAGUUAUAGAAACGGUUUAUCGAGUCGCACG